CGUGUUGACGCUGAUCUCUGUCCGCAUGCCAUGAGGCUGGCGACCAGCUUGUUUGUAUGUGUUCCGGGCGUGUAGUCUAUCGCUCGGUCAUCUUGCUCUUCGAUUCAGAAGGUACAAGGUGGCUGAACGGCCUCUAUAGCGUUAAACAAACACGUAAAACGAGGCAUCAUGACAUGACAUAGACAAGGUCUAGGAGUGUGUUUCCUUUCCUUCCGCGAGGUAACCUAACCUAGCAUGUUUUCCUUUGUUUUUCCUUUGUUCCUCACUAUAGCCAUGGCAGGUCCUUCCAGCGGUGAAAAAUCGGUAGAUUGUAUCGUAUGGUUACGGUGCUUCGUGCGAGACUCAUUUUCUUCUUGUAUUGUUUAUUUUUGCGUUGUUGUUUGGAGGUAUUGUUCAAGACGAGAGUGGGAUCAUUCAACGCGAGAGGGACUACCAUGUUGAGUGACGAGGAGCAGUGCAGUACGAUGUUGCCUGGAGCCACAGAGCUGAAAAUGAUCUGUUUCUCCUACAACAAUCCUCGAUUUUUUGUUCCAUAUAAUUUAUCUUGCUCCCUUUUUUUUUGCCCCGCAGAUUACAAUAAGUGGUGGUUUUUCUUCUUUUUCCCCCAAGAAACAUUCAUGGACUACUGUGGAACAACUUUCUAUUCCUAUCUUUUCCCCCAAUCAAGGUAGGAGUACGUGGUAGGAAGCAGGAAGCAUUCUUUCAGUCUUCAUUUCCUCGACUCUCUACUCUGUAAAGGCAUGAUAAGUACCUGGGUUUCAUCUUAUGACGCCUCGACAAACAUCUUAGUGAAUCGUUGAAUCAGCAUCGUUGGAGAUAAGUCAAUGCUUGCUGCUUGGUAUUGGCUUUCUCGAAUUUUCAACAUCAACACCAAACAAUUGCAUCAAUCUGUCUUCAAGACAACUCGUCUCUCUGGUUCUCCUGAUUUCAGAACAACAUUCAUUUCUCAAGUAGCAAGCACCUAAGAAAGGAACAAAAACCACUGGCACUUCAUUUCUCUAGCAAAAAAUGUCCGCUCCAACCAGUGGUGGAGAAGUGUUUGGGAAUCAUCUGCCCUAUUGCGAACCCAACUGGUAUUCCUCCAACUAUCGGUCGCCGUACUAUUAAGGUUUCUCCUAAUCCGUCUCCACAAGCAUCGUUGAGCCGUCUUCAAAACUUUUUGAAUGUUAGUUCAAAAAAGAGUGAACGUUGAAGAAAAAUAAAAGAGAUUACAAAAAAAGGGGAUCGAUGUUGGGAUGAUCUGCGAGAUGGAUUGGGGUGAGCGCUAAUACUACAAGCAAACCCAUCUGGAUUGGCGUAAGAGAUGUCGAGACUUCGUGGAGGACAAGAUUUUGCCGAACGUGAGCGAUUGGGAGA